AGCUUGACAGUGGAUUGAGAUCUGUGUGCUGUCAGCUUAGUGACACCGAAAUCAGCUGAAACAUUUGAUAUCACCUGAUUUGAGGAGGAGUUGGAUUGAUUUGCCAAACAGGUUAUAAGGUAGAUGACUGGAAUGAGUGGCAUUCAUACAUGAUUGGUGGAGGGCCAUGAAAACUCAAUACAGGAAGUCAGGAAAGCAUUAGUAACUAAACUCUCUUGCGUUUUGUGUUACUGCCACUGUGGAAAAAUGACAUCCAAGAAGAGGGUGGUCCUGAAAGUCAUCAUCCUGGGAGAUUCAGGUGUUGGGAAGACCUCCUUAAUGAACCAGUAUGCCAUCAAGAAAUUUAGUAACCAGUACAAAGCCACAAUAGGAGCAGACUUCCUGACGAAGGAGGUGAUGGUUGAAGACCGGGUUGUUGUAUUGCAGAUCUGGGACACAGCUGGCCAGGAGAGGUUCCGGUCUUUGAAUGCUGCGUUCUAUCGUGGAGCAGACUGCUGUGUGCUGGUUUUUGACUUGACAGCACCCAAUACCUUCAUAUCACUUAACAACUGGAAGGACGAGUUUCUGAUCCAGGCCUGUCCUCGAAAUCCAGAGAACUUCCCAUUUGUGGUGCUAGGCAACAAGAUUGACUUGGAAAACAGACAGGUGACCACCAAAAGGGCUCAGGCCUGGUGCCAAAGUAAGAACAACAUCCCCUACUUUGAGACCAGUGCAAAAGAUGCCACAAAUCUAGAACAGGCAUUCCAGACAAUCGCAUGUAACGCACUCAAACAGGCCUCACAGGGGACAGAUGUGGAGUUGUACUUCCCAGAGCCCAUAGUAUUUGGAGAGAAUGAUGAAUCUAAGUCUUCAGCAAAAAGAUGCAGCUGCUAAGGGAAAACUUGGACUAUCUUCUCUCUUGGCUUUUGGAAACACACUGUCACCUUUGUUACAUCACCUCCACCUCACACCCAGGGAAUGGAAACAGCCUACUGUUCUCCCUCCUCCAUGCCAUUGUUCGUUCCACCAAUACUACCCUUCACACAGUGCACUGCACAUGGAAAGGCCCCCUCUAGCUUUAUACACAAAUUAAUACACAUUUCUAGCAUCUCUCUCAGGAAUCUUGGGGUAACCUUUGACUGAUUUUUCACUUUGAAUGCUCGCAUUAAAUCUCUGGUUCAUCUUUGCUUUUAUCACUUUAAAUCGAUUAAGAAACGGAGUCAAAUUCAAUUGUGUCAUGCUCUGAAUUGCACUGAAUAUUAUUAAUGUCUUUACUUCAUUGGGUUUAAGUUAACUCUUCUAAAUAAGUUUAACUCUUCUAAAUACUCACAUAUCACACUGUUGCUAACUCAGCUGAACUGACUCCCGAUGAACUUCCAUGUACAUUUUAAGAUUUUUAUUUUAUUUUAUUUGUUUUGGUUUAUUUUAAUAAUAGACGAGCAUCAGUGUACAUCAGUGAACUUUUGCAUCCAUGUAUCUCCAGCAUAUCCCAGAGGUCUCAUGUAAUCAGGGCUUGCUGGCUCUGCAGCAUACAAAGAUAGAGAUGGAGUACAAAAGACAUCUCUCCCCCUGAGAUCUGUGGACUUGGUGGAUUAGUUUUUUAAAACUUAGAUUUUUAAACUUGUUUUGGAAUAAUUUUUUUCUUAUGUUUUAGCAUUUUGUUGUUAAACACUUUGAUAUUUAUCUUAAAAGAUCCUAUGUACAUAAAAUUUUUUGCUUUAUUUUAAACAUGAUCUUUAAUGCUAUUUAGCAUUGUUUUAACAUGGGAGACUCACAGGUUUGACUUGCUUUACAAGACACCACCUAGUGGCUAUUAGAGGAACUGCAAUUUUGGCACUUCUGUGUUAGCUAGAGGUGUCUAGCGUUCAUCCUUCCACAAAAACCACUACUACUACUACUCCUACUUACUCCUACCCCUAUUUGUGAUAACUUGAAAUAUAAUUUUGCCACACUUUUUCGUAUAUCACUUGUAUCUUGUUAGAACGUGAUGAUCAUGAUCUUAUCAUUAAUGAUCAUAGUGUGAGUGGUUCCAUUUGUUGACUCCCACAUUAAGGGUGGUGGGACUGGAUAUCGGGGCCUUUCUAUCACCAUGUUAACAAAAGGAAUAUAGUCAAUCCAGUGACACACUGAUACAUAUAUUUUCAUGCUUUUUAUUUCAGUGUAGUCAUAAUACUCCUGAACUCAAACUCUUUCAUUUGCCGGUGAAUGAUAGGAAUUUGCACUAUUAAGGACUGUUUUUGAGCCUCCUUGACGUCAGCAUGGAUUUUAAUGUAAUGUAGUUGCAUUUGGAGCUUUUCUACUGACCACUCAGAGCACUUUAGACUAAAAGUCACAUUUUAACCGAACAUUUGUGCAGUGUUUUAUUCUAUACAAUUCAAGCACUUUAUCUACCUCACAGCCACAGCCACUUUAGAAUCAACAAUUAACCUAACAA